UAACUGGCGAAUUCUGUGUAGUGCAAACAGAUCGGAGAGAAAGCUUCAUAUCGUUUCAAUGGCGACCUCGAAGCUCGUGCGAACUAUUUUAGAUCCAAACAAGAACUGGUUCGCAGCUCUGCACAAGAAAACUAUAUCCGAUCGCCUCACCAAAUACGGGUUGCGAUAUGACGAUCUGUACGAUCCGAUGGAGUGUUUGGACAUCAAGGAAGCGUUAAAUAGGCUGCCUCGUGAGAUUGUUGAUGCUAGAAACCAACGCCUUUUGCGUGCCAUGGAUCUCUCUAUGAAACACGAAUACCUCCCCAAAGAUCUGCAGGCGCAACAGACACCAUUUAGGAGUUAUCUUUCGGACAUGCUAGCUCUGGUAAAGAGGGAGAGAGCAGAACGUGAAGCCUUCGGAGCAUUGCCUCUCCAACAACGCACAAUACCCUAAAUCUUUUGCUUUGUGGCAAGGAAAAAGAUUUGUCUUAUUUUUGUUUUCGAUAUGGUUGGCAUUCAUGGUGGGAUGCAACAAAACCAGUAUCAUAUUCUUGGUUGUUUUAUCUUUCAACUUCAAUAAAAAACAGAUUAAAUACUUUGAAGUCU